CUGAGCAGCUCAUGAGCUCAGAGUGUGUUGUUGAGCACAUAUUCCCACAACAACUUGAAGUUAAACGAAACAUACUUCAGUCUUUUCUGGCAACAGGAAGCACAUGCUUUGUGACUGUGGUCAGGAGGGAACUCACUUCAGGAGGACAACGCUGAUUUGAUACCUGGUAUCAAUUAAGAGACCCUAUCAGCUAAGAUGGCUCCUGUUGAUGAUGUUGUGGCAUGGGGAGAGUCAUUGGACCAGCUUCUGGAGUGUAAAACAGGCCAGCUCGUGUUCGAGGACUUCUUGCGGACAGAAUACAGCGAGGAGAACCUUCUAUUCUGGCUGGCCUGCGAGGACUACAAGAUGACUAGCGAGACAGAGAGGGCGGCUGCUGCCCAAAGGAUCUACACAGAGUUUGUCCAGGUUGAUGCUCUGAGACAGAUAAACAUUGACUGUGUGACGAGAGGAGAAAUCAGUGAAAAUAUCUCUCAACCGGGGCCAAAUUGCUUCGACAGGGCGCAGAGACUGAUAUACAGUUUGAUGGAAAACGACUGUUAUCCGCGAUUUCUGAAAUCAGAAAUCUACCAAGCUCUCCUGGAACAGGCUGAACAGCAAUGAAAGCAAACAUGAGGAAAUAAAGCUCAGCCGACGCCUCCUCCUCCUCCUCCGAAUGAUUGAUUCUGCACUUCAGCUGACUCCUUAGAAUUUCUGUUUAAACAAAAAAAAAAAACAAGGCUCGUCUGUCACGGGAAGCAGAACUGAAAGGAGAUACGGGGCUAUUGGUGUGGGCACUGACAGGAUCUAAAAGCCAAACAUUAUCUAAAUAAUGUAUUAAGCAGCUUUUGAAUUCUUUUUUCAGGCCUGUUAUUCAGACAAAGCUUUGAAAGGUUGACAUGUGUUUAGAAAGACAAGCAUCAAGGGCAAAAUGUUUAUAAUUUGUGCACACAAAUUUGUCAUUGGUACCCUCGAAUUAUUCAAAGUGUGAUGUAUUAAGUUUCUGAAGAGCUGAUUCUCAGAACAUUGUGUCCUGUUUUACAAGCACAGAAACUAAUAAAAAAGUAUGUAUGAAAACUUGUCAACUGCCAAAUGAGUAAUAUGUCAUGUUUUUUAUACCCAAUUACUCUUUGAUAGUGUGAUAAAAAAAAAAAAGGUUUUGGUUUGUAUGAUGUUAAUAAAUAACUUUCUGU